AUGACCAUGAUGGCUACUGUGGCGAAUGUGGCGUCGUCGACAUCGACGAUCUACGAGAAUAUCUCGGAUUCUCAGUCUAGCAAUCAUUUGGAGGAUCUGAAGCUGGAAGAUUCUGGAACCUAUGAUGCGGAUUCGAGGAGUAACUCAAAUGAAAAGUGCAUAGGUUUUCCAUUCUGCACAUUGCAUGGAAUGUACUUUGAGCAGCUAGUACCCACAAAUUUUGCUUACAUGAUCAAUUAUUUUAUUGUCAACUCCAUAACACUUCAUCAGGCAAUGGGCCUGAUCUAUGUCAUGGUAUUCUUAGGUUAA